AGCCGGGGAGGGACCCUGAGAUCGAGCAAGGUGCGCCUUCUCAACAUCGCCAUUUUCUCGCCCCCUUCAAUAUGAUGAGAAGCUCGAAUAAGCCGUACGUUUGCUGGCGAUGUCUCACAGCCAAGACGUCGCUGGCUCCGGUGCCCGGCGGAUCGCGAUUUGUCCCACAGCUUCAGCAGGGCCCCUCUGAUAUCUCCAGAAGAUCGUAUGCUGGUGCACGUCACAAGUAUGGUGGCGGCGGCGGCGGGGGAGGCCGACGCCGUGGCGGCCCCAUCACCCCGGCCUCGGACCAGGAGCUAGCCCACAUCCGCGAAAAGUCCGACAUCAGGGAGCGCCUCCGGGAGUGGGAGUCGGCGAACCGCGAGCCCUCUCGCCGCCUGCUCCAGGACAUGCCCGCUCAGGAACACCCGCUGUCUAACUUCCUGACCAGGCCGGACCUGCCUUUCGCCGCCUCGGAAGGGGAGGGCGAGGAAGGGUCCGAGCUGCAUAGGAACAGCAGGAGGAACCGCGUCCUCUUCGAAGCCGACGAGCUCGCCGACCUGCGCGGCGCCACGUCGGCGCUUCUCGCCGGCGACUUGGUCGAGACGAGAUACGGACACGGACGCCUGCCCGUCCUGGGCAUCUGCCUGGGACGUCACCACGGGCUGCAGUACUUCUACAUAAGCACCGGCGAGGUCGUCCCCGAGCGCAACAUACCCACCCUCUUCACCCUCACCAACUUUGUCGACCCGGCCAAGCUCCAGCCGCUGGUCGCCAUCCUGCCCGAGGAACCCGUCACCAAGCCGCGUAACGUGCUGUUCCACAACCACACGCCGGCCGCCCUCGCGACGGCCUCCCGGCUCCAGGGCGAGCUGAUCAAGUUCUACCAGGACUCCGUCUCCUUCUACCAGUCCCACCUGACGCUCGACACGGCCAGCAGCUUCCUGGCCCACCCCGAGAAGCCGCAGUACCUCAGCCUCGAGGAGCUGGCCGACAAGCUGCUGCCCGAGUACCUCAAGCAGGAAGACCGCUUCCUCCCGCACGCCCUGUACGCCGUCCACACCGCCGUCCAGCGCGACGAGCUGGGCUUCCGCCCCCUGAACGCCAAGUGGCACAGGCGCAACUACAUCUACGAGGUCCGCCCCGCCUCCGACCUCCGCAUCAUGCGCAAGGUCGAGAGCCAGGUCCGCGAGCUGGUCGAGGGCGCCGCGCUGCGCGAGGAUCCCGCCGAGUCGCUCUCGCUGCUCAGGCAGAACAGCCUCGGCUCCUUCAUCCUCAAGGCCCGCGGCGUCAUCCAGGCGAGCCGCCUGCGGAGGGAAUGGACGCCGCACGGCAUGAUCGGCCCGAGCGACGAAAAGGUCGACAACCUCGCCUCGUGGACCAGGCAGGAGGUCGACUACAUCCGCUUCAUGGAGCUCUGGUCCUGCCACCGCAUCGUGACAAAGGCCUCGCAGCUCGAGAGCCUGGGCUCCACCAUCCUCCGGCUGACCAACGCCUACAAGGACGCCGACUGGCUCGCCCACUGGAUGGGCUUCACCUUCCUCCAGGAGAUCGGCUGGAUCCCGCCCUGGGACAUCCCGGCCCGCUACGAGUACAGGUUCCCCGACACCAGGGUCCACAGGGGCGCCGACAUGCUCAUGCCGCUCGUCGACGUCAACGGCUCCCUCCGGCCCGACAUCGCCGAGGGCCACAGGCGCGACUGGGCCGGGACGACCGUCUUCUGCGUCGACUCGGAGCACACGGCCGACGUCGACGACGGCUUCUCCGUCGAGCCCACCGAGGACCCGGGGGCCCACUGGAUCCACGUCCACAUCGCCGACCCGGCGUCGCGCAUCGACCCCAAGUCCGAGCUCGCGCGCCAGCUCGAGAAGGCCCCGUCCAGCCUGUACCUGGCCGGGUUCCCCAACAAGAUGCUGCCGCGGGACCUCGAGCAGGAGUUCUCCCUCGACCCGGGCCGCCCGGCCCUGACCUUCAGCGCCAAGGUCAACGAGCGGGGCGACAUGCUCGACUACAAGGUCGAGCCGGGCACCCUCCGGAACGUCCUCCACGUGCCCAAGGACGAGGUCGCCGCCAUCCUCCCCGGCGGCGGCGGCGGCGGCGGCCCGCAGCAGCAGCCGCCGCCCACCCCCUCGGCCGCCGACACCUUUGCCGUCGGCCGGCCGCCCGCGGCGCCGCCGCGGCCCGUGAAGCGCAUCACCACGGCCGCCGACCUCGCUCAGAAGGACAGGGACGACCUCGUCCUCCUCGACCGGCUCUGCGCGGCGCUCAAAGACCGCCGCGUCGAAAAGGGGCAGCUCCCGCACUUCCAGCCCCGCUUCGGCUCCCCCGAGGUGUCGUUCGACUCCGUCGUCGUCAGGGGCGACCCGGACGUCCUCGACUCCUCCCUGGCGUGGCAGGGCGACCCCUUCAUCAAGCUCGCGUGGCGGCACCCCACCGCGGCCGACCGCCUCGUCGAGCGCCUCAUGCACACGGCCGGCGAGGUCGCCGCCGAGUGGUGCCGGGCCCGCCGCAUCCCCGUCCCCUACAGCACGCAGCCCGAGGCCCUCCGCAACCUGGACGAGCUCGCCGCCUUCCGCCGCGCGCACGUCGACCCCGUCGCCGCGCGCGGCGAGCCCGUCCCCGUCGACGUCCUGCACGGCCUCUUCGCCCUCGUCGGCACCUCGGAGCUCUCGGCCGACCCGGCGCCCUUCUACUCCGUCGGCCUCGACGCCUACGCCAAGGCCUCCAGCCCCCUCCGCCGCUUCGCCGACCUCGUCGUGCACUGGCAGAUCCACGCCGCCCUCGCCCGCGAGCGCGCCACCGGCCGCUCCCUCGCCGGCCACGACUGCUCCGACGCCCCCGACCUCCUCCCCUGGACGCGCCGCGCCCUCGCCCCCGCCCUGCCCGUCCUGCAGGCCCUCCAGCGCCAGAUCAAGCAGGUCGACAACCGCGACGGCCCCACCCAGUGGGCCGCCCAGGCCCUCCUCCGCGCCUGGCGCUUCCGCGAGGCCCCGCUGCCCGCCCGCUUCGCCUUCGUCGUCGACGGCCUGUACCCCUUCGGCCUGCGCGGCCGCCUCGAGGACUUCCGCGGCCUCGCCGCCUCCGUCGACCUCGCGAGCCUCGACCCCGUCGCCAGGCUCGCCGACGUCCACGUCGACGACCGCUUCGAGGUCGAGAUCCACGACAUCAACGUCGUCACCGCCCAGGUCUCCGUCCGGCCCCUGCGGAGGCUGGCUCCGGACGAUGCCGUCGCGUCUUCCGCCUGAGGGAGCGGUAUGUCAUCCCCGUGUAAGAAUAACAUGUACAACAACAACAACAACGUACCUAUGUUGCUAGGUAGACUCUUCACUGUGUAAGAUAGAGAGAGAAACAGUCCGGGCUGGUUUUCGGGAUUGCAUGUAAUCAAGACACCUUCACGAUCAAGCGACUCAUCCGGACGAUCGGAUCCUGUGCGCGCGUAAACUCUGGUAUCAUAUUUCGUUCAUUGACUUAGAGAAGAAGAAAAAAAAAAGAGGCAAAUGUUACAG